AUGCACAAUUUUGAUUUGGAUGUACACCAUUUUCACUCUUUCGCUCUCUCUCUCUCUCUCUCUCUCUGUCUAUCUAUCUAUCCAUCUUUUAUCGUUCCCUUCCACUUGAUCUCUUUCCUACCUUCUCUCUGUAAUUCUGUUUCUAUCUAUCUAUCUAUCUAUCUAUCUAUCUAUCUAUCAGGCUGUAGAUUGAUAUCUAUGUGCCUCUUCCUCUCUUUGUCUCUUUUUAUCUAUCUUUCUCUAUAUACAUCUUUUAUCUCUCCCUCUCUAUAUAUCUAUCUAUUUCUCUUCUUCUCUGUAUACUUCGUUUUUUUUUUCCUUUUCUUUCUCAUCAUAUCUAUCUAUCUAUCUCAGUCUGGCCAUAUCUAUCUAUCUAUCUAUCUAUCUAUCUAUCUAUCUAUCUAUCUAUCUCAGUCUGGCCAUAUCUAUCUAUCUAUCUAUCUAUCUAUCUAUCUAAUGUAUGUAUGUCUGUCGAUUGAUAUCUGUAUAAUCGAAAAUACUUAG